UUAAGAAACUAUGGCCGCUACUAAAAAGUCUACUACUACCUCUACUACUACCUCUACUACUACUUCUACCAAGAAGUCAGAUCAUCCUACUUAUGAAGCUAUGGUCAAAGCCGCUAUUCUCGCAUUGAAGGAACGUAAGGGUUCUUCUAGACCCGCUAUCAAAAAAUACAUCUUGGCCAACUUCAAGGUUUCUCCUGGUGCCCACUUUGAUACCCAAGUUGCUGCUGCUAUCAAGCGUGGCCAUGCCAAGGGCAUCUUUGAACUUCCUAAGGGUCUUUCUGGUACCGUCAAGUUAAACAAGACAGAAAAGAAGGAGGAAACAAAGAAGCCUGCAAAGAAGGAAGCUACCAAGAAAGAAACAUCUCCCAAGAAGGAAGCCUCUCCCAAGAAGGAAGCCCCCAAGAAGGCUGCUGCCAAGAAGAAGGCUACUCCCGCUACUACUGCUGCUACUGCUACUACCAAGAGAACUGCUGCUGCUGCUGCAAAAAAGGCUGAAGAAGCUAAAAAGACUGAAGCCAAGAAGCCUGCCGCAAAGAAGGCCGCUGCCCCUAAGAAGGCUGCUGCUACAAAGAAGGCUGCUGCUCCCAAGAAGGCCUCUCCUUCCAAGAAGAAGUCUACUACUGAAAAGGCCAAUGUCAAGGCUCCCAAGAAGAAGACUCCUGCUCCUGCUAAGAAGGCCGCUGCUGCCAAGAAGGCUGCUGCCACUAAGAAGGCCACCCCUACCAAAAAGGCAACCACUGCUUCCAAGAAGAAGGAGACCAAGGCAUAAGUUGAAAUCAUUUUGAUUGAUCCCAAACCUUCCCAUAAUUUCACAUCAUAUCCUCCUUUUCUCUCUAUUUUUUCAUUACCCCCUUUUCUCUUAAAGAAUUUUCCCCUUGUAAUUAUAAUGACUUUGGGAUAUUUGUUUAUUUUUGUACAGUUUAUUGAAAAACAUAGCUUCAAACUACUUUUAAUAAAAAAAAACGGCUUG